AUGCCGCCACCAACUCUGCGCAGGGGGAGCUCUGUGGGAGACAAGCGUCACAACAAGCGGACCGUCUCUUCUAAAAAGGGAAAAACAAACAGCAUUAAGAAGGAGAAAACAAAGUACCAUAAAGAGAAAUAUGCCAGAGAACAAAAAAUGGUGCGGCAACGUGGAGGUGCUGACCAUAGCCAUUCUGCGAGCUCUUCUUUUAAGAGUAGAAACAAUAAUGAUGGACGUCAUCAACCAAAGUCUGCGCGAACAAAAGAUAUUGAUAUUCAUUUGGCUGCUAAAGUUUCAUCAGAGCUACGUGUGGAUUUGGCGAAUUUUAAGUCGAAACUAAACGUUACAGACCUUUUCGGCCCUGAACUUGGUCAUUUUUUUAAGUUUGUCCCACCGCCGUUUGUACAGCAGCAUCUCCCUGAGGAGGUUCGACCAUUCCGCACGUAUUUAAGUAAGUUUGAGCGGGGAGCCCCAAAUGUUGUGCAUGCCUUCAUUGCAUGGUAUGAGUGGGCGUGCUAUGAGGCCAACAAGGGGAAAGGACACGGCGGUCACGCUAACAAACACGGUGGGUGGAAGAAAUCAUCCACUGCAGACGGUGGAGUGGAUGCCGAAGAGGAAGAAGAAGAAGAUGUGGAGGAGGAAGAAGAACAAAAUAAUAAUAAUAAUAAUCAUCACAAAGGACAAGAAGGGGAAAACCAUGAUGGACGUGGAGGAGAGAGACGUCAUGCUAAGAUGAGUGGGGCUCGAAUGACGUUAUCUAAUACUGUAAAAGAGCGGGGACACAUUCGGGCAUUACUUCAAAUGUGUUUACGACAUAAUUCAUCACGUCGAAAGGAAGGUCAACAUGCCUUUCUUAAUCAUCUUAAAGCGAAAUUGGAUGGUGAUGUGGAUUGUCAUUCUUUACAAGCCCUUCGUGAUACCUCACACCAUGCCGUUCCUUAUGCACUUUCACGACUUAUUCUUGGUAUGGCUACAGAAGAUUUAGCAAUGAUUGUUUUGCACGCACAUGCCCUUUUCCUUACUUUACGUGAUACAGCUCUUACCCCUGCUGUUGUACUUUCACUUCUGGGCGAAGAGUUAGCGUUGGAUAUUCGUGUUAAAGCAGCUAAAGCCCGUUUAGAGGCACGAAUUGCUAAGGGAGAAGUACCACAUCAAGAUGGUGAAUGGGAUGAUAUUGAUCCAGAUAAAAUUAAUGAUCCAACUAAAGGAGAACGUAAUCAACGUAUGAUUGCAGCCGUUUUUGCUAUGAGCACUGUGGUUGCUAAUUGUCAGAAGAUGAAAUUGGAAGAUGCUCACCGUCUUGUUCAAUACUUGUGUUUCACUUACAUUGAACAAAAGGCUACUCGAGUUUUUUCAUCAAACAUCUUAUUUAAGGUGUUAGAGAAAUUUCCCACACUUUGGGAAGAUAAAAUUGUCUUGGAGUGGUUAUCAUAUGCAUUCUUUCUUUAUCCAAAAUUGGAGUACUUCCGACCAGAAGGUGUACAAUUGCUACUUCGUAUCAUGACAAGGGAAGAAGAAGAAACCCCGAAAGCUUUAAAAAAAUAUCUUCCUCCCACUGUUUUAAAGUAUGCCGCCAUGGAUCCUUUACAACCAUCUGCAGUGGAACAAUUGGCAAAUGCACUAUUUCGAAAAGAGCAAGUGACAGCCGUACAUCCCAUGGUCCAUCCUGUUUGGGAGGAUUGGUUUAAUAUUGUCCUUCAACGAUGUGCUGCUGGUGAGUCCAUGAAGGAGCAUCUUAGCACUAUGAUGCAUAAUGCGAUUGCGCCCUAUAGACGUGGUAAUGCGGAUGCCCCAAGACGUGCACUUUUUCAACAACUCGUCUCUCGUCUUGGACAAUUGGCUGUACAGAAUGAUGAUGCGGAGCAACGGGCUGAAAUGCUUCAAAUUGCCAGUAAAACUGUAGGUUACGGUCGUCGAACCAUCGCUAAACCCACUGAUGUGGCAGAACUGCGAAGAAUGCCGUUGGAAGGUCUUGAUGCUAAAGUACGUGAUCUCAUCUAUCAGUAUCGUGCUAUUCGCUCUUCUGAUCCAUCGGCCUUUGUUAAUCGUACGUGGGUAUUGCGUGAAUUACGUUCCUGUCUUUGUGUUCCACUACGAGAAGGAGUAAAGUGCACAUAUGUGGAUGAUGCCGCACGAUCACUUUUGGAAUUUGGUUUCUUUCCAAAUCCACCUCAUCGUGAUGAAAAAAAUAUGAAUCGUGCUAUUUUUCUUUUUGCCGACGUUUUCUCUUUUACAUAUACCGCAGGGUUAUCACGACCAAAGUGUACGUUGAGUCCAUUAAGCAUCAUUCAAUCUUAUCUUGAAGCAGAGAGUAAGGAACAGACACGGUAUACCACAGGUGCGACUCAUAGCAGUUUUCGUAAAGCACGUAAUCGUAUUGUGGAAGCGUUGGAAAACUCUGCGAAGCGUAGUGUUCUCUUUUACGCGGAACGAGAUAUGCAUGUCUUGCUUGUAUUACUCUUCCUUGUACUAAGUACAGAUGAUCCUACGAAUGAAGAAGCGAAAACGUUAGCUGUUUCAACCGUACCUGAUUUAUGCCAAUUUUUCCUAACUGGUACACUUGAGACACUUGACCUCUUCUAUGAUGUGUUAAUGGCACUUGCGAUGCGUCCAUCAACGCCCAUUCACGUCAUGCCUUUAAUGACAUGCAUUCGUCGCAUUGCUACUGGUUUUAUGCUAAAAUUUGCCCGUUACAUUAAAGAGCGUGUAACACUUAACCUUCUGCUUGCACCACUUCGAGAAGCGUACCACACGGAUGAUCGUGAAAAGGCACGGCAAGCAAAAGCAAGGGGAGAGAAGACGGAUGAUAAUGACAGUUCUGGUAGCGAUGAUGAUGAUGAUGAUGAUGCUGAUGCUGAUCUCAGGAGAGAAGAUGAUGAUGAUAAUGAAGAAAGCGACGCUGCCAAAUCUAAUUCUGAAGGUGAGGCUGACAGUAGUGAUGAUGAUGAUGAUAGCACCAGUUCAACGAGUACUGAAUCCACUGAAAACGAUGACGACGAUACAGAGACAGAAGUUGAAGAUGAACUUAAUGAUGAUAAUGAUGGUGAUGAUGAUAGCGUUAAUAGUGAUAAUGAUAAUGAAGAUAAUAAGGAAAAGGAAGAUGAUUUUGAUGAUGAUGAUGAUGAUGAUAACGAUGACGAGGAAGAAGCACCAACACAGCAAUACAUUGAUGCGCUUAAGGGUAUGGUUGGUAAUGUAGAUUUGCAAUUUGUGUACCCUGUAGAUACCGCUAAUAAAGAAAAGAUUGAUGUUGUACGUGCUAUUCAGAUUGCUGCUCGUGUGGGAGCUUCUAUGCGUUCUCCACUUCUGGUACACAUCUUUCAAGUUCUUUUAGCUGUUUGUCGUGAAAACGUCAAGUCACCUGAUGACGUCAUCUUCAACAGCACUGUCUCAUCUAUUCAGUUACUCAUGAUGACGAAGAAUCGCUACUUUGGUCGUUUCCUCGUUGCAGAAGAUCUUUUUCAACUGCUCUCUGAUAUUCAGAGUUUCUGCCGCAAAGCUGAACAUGUUUUGGUGAAAAAGGAAAGUCAAUCUGUACGUCAUGCCGUUGUUGUGCGUCGUCGAAUGGCUCAAUUAAAGGAUGUUGCCCUACGUGUGUUUCACUUUGUAGCCUUCCUUGCAUAUAAGAAUCACGCUGGUGAAGAUGUACGUGUAACUCUUAUGGAAUUUUACAAGUCAAUCUUCUGCGAUCGUGGCUGGGAUCACAAGAAACGCCUAUUAGGUAUUAAGCGUGAUAUGCAGCACUACCGUCACGGUUAUGCCUGGGCCCUAUUGCCGGCUGUAUGUGAGAAGUUCUCUGAAGUGGAGGCGCUCGAAGGACCGCAGCGUGUGCGAGUGUUCAGUUGUUGUUGUCAUGUUGUGGAGGCGAUGUUGCCGCGACUCUCCGGUGUCGGUGCGGCGCUGCGGUCUCUGGCCGGUGCGCACAUCGCGGCCUUUCUGCAGUCCACCUCGUUGCACGCGGUGUAUGGGAUGAAGUACACAUUGCUGUACGAUUAUCUCCACUGCGCGAUGAUGGUGCUGAAGUACAGAGGCCGCGUGCAGCAGAUGGAGCCCGCGUGGUUUGCCGCUAUUGUGGAGGAGGCCGUGAAUGACGACACGCUGCAGAUGUCCGCCGCGUCUAUUCGUCUCCUCGCCUGCAUGGAGCGGCUCCUCGGCAUCACUCCCCGCGCACGACAGACAAAGGCCCCCGUUCCUGUCAAGGUGCUGCAGCAACAAUACGAAAAACGAGGCAGUAAAGAAAAGGCCGCCUUCUACAAACGCGCACGUCGGGUGCGUGCAAAGAUUAUCAAGGCACUCGUGGCACACCGCAAUGGAGACUUGACAGACGCCGAACGGGCUUUGAAACGACGUAGACGUGAGUCUAUGAAAAUUGAUGAUCGCCUCAAACGACAGUUGCUGCGUGUGGAACGUUCUCAGACUCUCACUAAAGAAGAAAAGGAAGAAAAGCGUAAGCGCAUCGCCAUGGCGAAACAGGAACGUAUUGCAAAGAAUCGUGAGCGCAAGCGCCGUCUCCAUGAACAUCGCGAGAAGGCAUUCCAGCGCUGGCGUGAGCAAAAGCUGGCAGAAGCAGCGGCAGCAGCAGAUGCUGCGGAGGAGUAG